GAGGGGGGGGGGACUAGAGAAAGAGCUAGGCUAGAGAGGAGCUACUCAACAAGACGAACGAAAACCACUUUUACCCAUCCGCAUCCAACACCAACUGGGGGUCAACGGACGGCGUUAAAAACCGGUCGGAUCUUUUACAUAAAUGACCCUAUGGAUUACUAACACACUUUCGUCGAAAAAUACGAGUGUUCCUCAACUUGACAGGAUAGCCUCCGCCCAUUCGUUACACUGGUUGCCUGCCUAGAGGACUCAUAGAGAGAUGAAGACUCUAGAGGAGCCCCCUUAUUUGACAGUGGGGACGGACGUGAGCGCCAAAUACAGAGGGGCUUUCUGUGAGGCCAAGAUCAAGACUGCUAAGAGGCUAGUCAAAGCCAAGGUGACCUUUAAACCAGAUCUGUCUACGGCUGAGGUUCAUGAUGAAAACAUCAAAGGGCCUCUAAAGGUGGGUGCUGUUGUAGAGGUAAAGAAUCAGGAUGGCAUUUACCAAGAAGCCACGAUCAAUAAGCUGACCGAUGCUAGUAUAUAUACUGUUGUGUUUGACGAUGGUGACGAGAAGACCCUUAGGCGUUCCUCUCUCUGCCUGAAAGGAGCACGUCACUUCGCAGAGAGCGAGACACUCGACAGACUCCCUCUGACCAACCCUGAGCACUUUGGCACACCUGUCAUUGGCAAGAAAGGCAAUCGUGGUCGGCGGUCAAACCCAAUUCAAGAGGAAGAGCUGUCUUCAUCCUCCAGCGAAGAAGAGGAGAGCAGUCAGCGGCAGAAUGAGGAUCUGUUUGGCAAAGUGGUAUGCGUGGAAGGAGUCUCCACCGGGGAUAAAAAGAAGGCCACAUGGUACCCUGCGCUGGUCAUCUCGCCCGAUUCCCAUGAAGACUUAACCGUGAAGAAGGACAGCAUCUUCGUCCGCUCAUUCAAAGAUGGCAAAUUUUACAUUGUGUUGCGGAAAGACGUUCGCAAGGUGAAUAUCGACUGUCCCCCUAAAGCUGAUGCAGGGAUCAAACCAGCGCUGGAUGCAGCUUUGGACUUCCAGCAGCAGUUAGCAGUGCCCAGCUCCUGGAAGACAGAAGUGAAAGAGGAGAGCUCCAGUAGUGAGGAUGAGGAUGAAGAUGAAGAAGAGGAGGAAGAAGAUACCAGCAGCGAAGAGGAGGAGGAGGAAGUGGAGCCACACCCAGAGGAAAGGGAGAACUUUCUGCAGCAGCUCUACAAGUUCAUGGAAGACAGAGGGACUCCAAUCAACAAGCGGCCAGUUUUGGGCUACAAAAACCUGAACCUGUUCAAGCUCUACAGACUAGUGCACAAACUCGGAGGCUUUGACAAUAUUGAGAGUGGCUCAGUUUGGAAACAAGUCUACCAGGAUCUGGGAAUCCCCGUGCUCAAUUCAGCCGCCGGUUACAAUGUUAAAUUUGCUUACCGCAAGUACCUGUAUGGAUUUGAGGAAUACUGCACCUCCACUGCCAUCACCUUCAAGAUGGACCUGCCUUUGAAGCAGGGUCCUAAGGGAGAAGUGAAGCCUGAGAGAGACACAAGAAAUAAAGACACUGCAUCCGCCAGCUCAGAUGAGCAGAAAACCAGGCUCGACAGAGAGAUUUGCAGCACGCAGUCUGUACUUUGCAAGGAGGAGGAGGACACUGAAAUGGCGAUGAAACUGGAGGCCGAAUUUUCACAGACUGAGAGAAAGGACAGUGCCGACGAUGAUGAAGAUGAUGAAGAAGAUCCCCUCAAGGGCAGCGAGAGUUCAUCAGCUGUUUAUCUUGGAGCUGAGAGAAUGAAGCAGGAGCCUGACGAUGAGCAGGAGAGCAAAGCCAACUCUGGGGAUGACAGCAGUCAGGAAGGGGAGGAAGGGGAGGAGUUUGAGUGUUACCCCCCGGGGAUGAAGGUGCAGGUGAGGUAUGGGCGAGGCCGCAGUCUGAAGACGUACGAGGCCACUGUGAAAGAGGCAGACGUGGAGGGGGGAGAAGUGCUCUACCUGGUGCACUACUGUGGCUGGAAUGUCAGAUAUGAUGAAUGGAUCAAGGCAGACAAAAUAGUUGGCCCAGCCAAUAAGAACGUACCAAAAAUAAAACAUCGCAAAAAAAUAAAGAACAAAGCUGAGAGGGAGCGAGACAAGCUUGAGCGGCUCGGUGACAGAGAAGUCCUCGGGCCGCCAUCCAAUAUUGUCCAAUCCCCACGAUCCAAAUGUGGUCUGAGUGAGGAUGUCUUUUCCAAGAUUGAUGAGGGUGAGGACAAAGGAACUCGGCAGUCUCCAAUCAAGUCAAUAGAAAUUACUUCUAUCCUCAAUGGCCUGCAAGCCUCAGAGAUUUCUACAGAUGAAAGUGAGGAUGAAGUAGGACCACAUAAUGAAGAUGAUGUCCCAGGUUGCUGUGGUAGCUUCACAAAAAGUCCACCAGAACCCUCUCAAAUAUCAGAGCACUGGGAGAGCAUAUCCCCUCCUCAGGGAUCCAGACCUUCUCCAGUCUCUGGAAAGAACCAAGAUUUUGUCAGUCCUGAGAGCCUAGAUGUAGGUAAGUGCAGAAGUCACCUGGAGUUAGAGGGUGAAGCAAGCACCAGGAAGAGGAAAUCUGAAGGAACACCAGAGAAAAUUCCAAAAGGUCUGUCCAAAGCUAAGACCAGAAACACCCGAAGUGCAGAGUGGUUACCUGGUGCCCCCCCAAGAAAGCUAGAAGAGAGGGGAGCUGAUCUUGCAGAGGAGAGGACGGUAUCAUCUAGUAGCAGUUCAGAUGAUGAGGGAAAACCGCUUACAGAGCCCCAGGUUGAGGGAAGUGAGCAAACGCAUCUGAAAACCAAAGGCUCCUCUUCCAAGAAGUAUAAUGGAAUGAAAGAGAAGAACAAAACUGGGCGUAAAGCUGUGUUCUGGGAAAUUGCUGAAAAGAGGACCAAAAUGUCUGUGGAUGCUGAGGAAAGACCUGCUGUCCGUUCCAAGGGACAAAAGGAUGUGUGGUCCAGCAUCCAGGCUCAGUGGCCGAAGAAGACUCUUAAAGACUUGUUCUCUGACUCUGACACAGAGGCUGCCAAUUCUCCUCCCCCACCUGUUACCUCAGUACUGGAGGAGCCCAAUGUAGAACAGGAUGCUGAACCUGAAGAUGAAACUUCUGAGGAGCAGAUGGAGAAUGAUAAAAUGCAGGAGUUUCCCAGCAGUGGUAGUAACUCUGUACUUAAUACACCACCAACUACACCUGAGUCCCCUUCAGGUGGAGGGAGUACCAUUGAAGACUCUAGCCAACUACAUACUUGUUCUCCACCAUCCAUAGCUCCUGCUUUAGCUUCAGAACCGGCUGCUGCCAUCCUUCCACCAGGACCAAUACAGGAAGAAGCUGCAGGAGGACGCAGUGAGACAGACAGCAGCACCGUAGAGGUGGAGAGUCUGGGUGCUGAGCUACGAGACCUUCCUCAGGAUGAUGAGGAAGAUUCUCCCUCAAAAGUGUUUGAUGCAAGCCUGUCCUGCAGCAGUAACUGCAGCCUGGAGUUGAGCAGCAGCAGCCAACAGGAGAGUGAGCAGAAGUCCAACGUAUCUGUCAGUCAGAAGAGGCCAAAAGAAUCACAAACAGGUGGAGCCUCAAAAAAACACAAGCCAAACCGCAAGAGCCUUGGUGUGCCUCCCAAAAAGAAUAGGAAAACAGCCAACAGCAGUGACAGCGAAGACCAAUCUGUGAUUGAGGGCACUGCCAAAUCAAUAGCCACAAAGAACAAUACAUCAGACGUAAAGGCCACUGCUUCUCCAAAGUGUCCUGGACGAUCUCCCCCCUCGAGCCAUAAGUACCAUAAGCAGGGUGAUGCUGACCAUAUACAGCACCGUGAACACCAUGGAAGAUCGCCACGUGUCUACAAAUGGAGCUUCCAGAUGUCUGAUCUGGAGAAAAUGACUAGUCUGGAGAGGAUCUCAUUUUUGCAAGAGAAGCUGCAGGACAUCCGGAACCACUACCUCUCCCUCAAGUCCGAGGUCGCCUCCAUCGACAGGCGGCGAAAGCGCAUGAAGAAGAAGGAAAGGGAAAGUACGGCAGCCGCUUGCUCUUCAUCGUCCUCUUCAUCCUCACCGUCCUCCAGCUCGCUGACGGCAGCGGUCAUGCUGACACUGGCUGACCCACCCGUGUCUUCAUCCUCAUCGUCCUCUUCUCAAAACUCGGGGGUUUCUGUGGAGUGCAGGUGACAGGACAUGACAGUGAGGAGCCACCGCACUAAGCACUUAACCAGCAUCCUUGGGUCACCGCCCCCAUUUCUUUCCUGUGGGAUGGACAAGUCAACCUACAUACUGUAACUACUGGGGCACAAAUACCAGACCAGAGACAAAAAAAAGAAAAAGAAACAAGCACUAUUUUCUAUUGACAACUGUUUUCCUUGGCAAGCUACUGGCACUUAAGUGCACUUUUAUGAAGAUUGUGUCGGGGGAUGAAAUUUGUCAACAACAA